AUGGCGAUGGCCGCGCGGCCACAGACGCCCUCACAGGAUGCAUACAUGGUCCCGCAAAUUGACCCCGGGGCUUUGAGUCGCGGGUACGGCCCGCGCUCGACUCUGUCGCGACCGAAUUCAUUCGCCGGCACGUCAGCAUACCAGUACAGCUCCGGCGCCCUCGAGUCGUCGCAGGUUCCCCACAACCCCCGUUUCAAGGAGGACUUUGAUACCGUCAGCCACCGCAGCUCGGCGUUCGAUCGCCCUGGAGUGCAGCGCUCUGUCUCCACCAUGUCGCACGUGCAAUCCUCGAGCCCGUCCCGGUCGAGCACCUUGCGGAAGAAGGCCUCGCUGAGUAAGAAGGGGAGCUUGCGGCGCAGUGGGAGCCGGAGGAGCAUGCGCGCCGGCAGUGUGAGGAGUCUGAGCUUGGGCGAUCGCGAAAAGUAUCACGCCGAUGGCGCGGAGGAUGUCAAUAGUGCUUUCCUGACUCCGGUCCCUACUAAUGGGAACCCGACCGAGGUGCUGGCGAAUCGGUUUGGAGCUUGGCGCAAGCUUCUGAAGGACUUGAUUCUCUUUUUUAAGGAGGUGCAGAAAUCCUACGAAACUAGAGCAAAGCUGUUCCUAUCUGCUUCGAGCGUUGUUAAUAACCAGACUCUUCCACCGGGCCUGCUUCAGCCAGGUGGUCUGGCUGAUGCGACGGAGAUCCUCCAGAAUUUCCACCGCCAGGGUUAUACCGAGGCCAAUAAAGCUGUCGAGGUGGAGGUCGAGGUGAUCAGCCAAUUGACUGGUCUCCGCAGUGAUCUUCAGAAGAAGACUAAGGAGAUCAAGAGUCUCUCGGCUGAUUUCAAGAAUACCGUCGACAAGGAGGUUGACGGCACACGCAAAGCCGUACGGAACUUGCAAGAGGCUCUUGGGCUUGUCGAUACCGAUGCCUCUGCGACAUCGGGCAAAGGUGAUCCAUUCAUCCUGCGCCUGGGCGUGGAGAAGCAGGUCGAGAAACAGAUCGAGGAGGAGAACUACUUGCAUCGGGCAUUCUUGAAUCUAGAGAACUCUGGUCGUGAACUAGAGGGGAUUGUCGUGAGCGAGAUCCAGAAGGCAUACAAUGCGUACGCUAGUAUCCUCCGACGCGAAGCCAAUGAAGCUCUUGAUACCGUUGAGAAGCUCCAGGCGGGUCCGAUCUCCAUGCCCCAAGAUUUCGAGUGGAACCAGUUUGUUGCCGACACAGAAGAACUUGUCGAUCCUCGGAUUCCUCUCCGGGAUGUAGAAAGCAUCACAUACCCUGGCAAGGAUCAUCCAGCAGCAGCUGAAGUCCGAGCUGGUAUGUUGGAGCGUAAGAGCAAGUAUCUCAAGAGUUAUACUCCUGGCUGGUAUGUGUUGUCGCCAACACAUCUUCACGAGUUCAAGUCGGCAGAUCGUGUAGCAUGGCAGACGCCUGUCAUGUCUCUCUAUCUUCCAGAGCAGAAACUCGGCUCCCACUCACAGGAAGACUCAAGCUCCCAUAAGUUUAUGCUGAAGGGUCGACAGACUGGCGCAAUGCACCGAGGCCACUCGUGGGUCUUCCGCGCCGAAUCCCACGAGACCAUGAUGUCCUGGUAUGAAGAUAUCGAAGGCUUGAUUGGCAUGACAGGAGAGGCGCGAAACGCCUUUGUCCGGCAGCAUGUCCGCAGCGUGAGUGGCAGGUCGGUGAAUGAGGUGAUGGAGGACGACGAAGCCGAUCGCACUCCAUACGCCGCGGAGUCUGCGGUCAUGACUCACGACCGCCCCACCUCCUCUCGCCAGGCUGGAGGCGCGUUCCCCAGCGACGUCCAACUUGACCGAAACCUCCAAGCGCCCCUGUCACCUUCCAGCGGGGAUAGCUCCGCUGGCAGAGAUAUGUUAGGGGCUGCUGGGUCCCUCCCCGAUGGGUCUAGUGCCUUUAAUGACAGCUUGCGACCAGUAGGUAGCGGCGACGGACGCAACUCCUACCAAAGCUACAGAUCCAACGACGGGACCGAUGAAAGGUCUCGCCCUGAUAGUAACCAGCACGAUAGCUACUACGGUGAUUGGAUCGGACCGUCCGUGGCAGUGGCUAAGAAGAGGCAGAGCCAGCAGCUGGAACCCCCGAAUCGGGAUGACCGCGAUAUCCGGUCCGAUGGAGAUCAGGCUUCCCUUGCUGCCGUCUCGGGUGUCGGUAUCUCUAACCGUCGCGAUCAGUCGGCUCCUGCCCAGAUUGAUCGUCGGGAGAGUGUCUCUACGGUGCCCACCAACACCAAUGCGACUGAAUUUACGAACCAUACCAAUCCUACUUCGGUAGAUGAUCACGAACUCGACCUUCCUAAGAUCCAGACCGUUGGUCUUGGGAAUGGUCCUAUCCACCAAGGUCUCGAAUCAGACAGCGUAGCCAAGGUUCCAAUUCUGCUGCGUUCCAAUACAGACAACUCCAUUGCUCUGGAUAUGAAGAUGCCAGGCCGUUAUCCUCGUACCAAUGUGGCAGCAUAG